AUGGCCGCUAAGAUUAUGAAUGAAGUCAAGACCAUCGCUAAAAAAAGAUGCAAAAACUCGGCCUAUGGGAGCAGUUUUCUCGACGGCUUAAAUAAGAUGCGCGUCGAUCAAAAGUACUGCGAUUUCACAUUGGAGGCAAAUGGCAAGAUUUUCAAGGUACAUAAGGUAGCUCUCGCUAUUGGUUCGCCUUAUUUCGCAAAGAUGCUUGAGACUGACAUGGAGGAGAAGAGAGCAGGGACAGUUAAGUUGGAGGAGGUAGACGUUUGUACUGUAGAAGCGCUUAUUCAGUACGUGUACACCGGUAUCAUCAUCCUGACUAAAGAUAACGUUGAAGCAUUGCUCUCUGCAUCGGAUCGAUUCCAGAUUGAAUGGGUGAAGCUGGAGUGCGAGAAAUAUGUGAAACGUAAUCUGAAUCCAGCAAACUGCUUUCGGAUACUAAGAUUAGGUGAUACGCCUUCUUUUACGUCACUGUACGAUCCCGCUCACAAUUACAUCGUUGACCAAUUUGAUGAUUUAAUUGAAGUGGAAGAUUUCUUGCUGCUGUCAUUUGAUGAGAUCAAGAAAUUAAUAAAGGACGACCAGCUGGCUGCGGACAACGUUUAUAACGCUGUACUAAAGUGGGUUAAAUACGACCGAAAUAAACGAAAGGUUCAUCUGGCGGAGUUAAUGAGCCAUAUUACUUUACCUCUACUCAGCACUCAAUUUUUAAAAAGCCAAGUUUCUGCUGAACCUCUGCUUACAGAAGACCGAACGUGCAAUAAACUCCUAAUGAAUGCUUUGUUUCAUAAGUUGACGUCAAUAGAGGAAGGAAAACCUUUGCCAGAUAGCUUGAGGACCCGAAAAAGGCCUAAACAUAUUGUAACGAGUUUUCUUAGGCGGAGUAUAUCCAGUCAAUCCAGGAUCCUUUGGGGUAAUAUGCUAAUGGGUAUGCUUAGCUUAGGUUGGCUGCCGUCGCAAUCUCAGUUACGACUCGCCUGA